AUGAAGGGCCUUAGGAAGUUGUGGAGCGUUGUCAAAGGCCAUAAGGCCAGUAUCUCGCACCCGCUUGCCGUGAGCAAGAAGAAGAUUGUAUCAGGCAUUCAGACCGCCGCCAGCGAAGUGCGGCACCGCAUAUCAACCUGGCACAAGGGCCAGAAGUCUAAGGAGGGAAUCAAUCGGGUGUACCCGAAUGCAGCCCCAGAAAGUCCACGGGACAGCUCGUCCCUAUCUGGAGUGACGACCUUCGCAGAUGAGGAAGAGGAAGAGCAGGUGGAGCACGGCGAGGGUUCGAUGGACGCAAGUUUGGGCCCUGACAAUUGGGAACAUGAGGUUGCUGGCCUGCCCGUAAUAGAAGGGAUUGAUCCUGCACAGCAACGUCUCCAGGGUACAGUGGCUUAG